AUGAAGAAGAAAAUUCAGAUCGACGAUGAUGCCCAGCUGGCGGCCAUGGGCCACAAGGCCGAAUUGAAGCGCAAUUUCUCGACAUUGUCAAUGUUGGGUCUUGCGUUUGCCAUUCUGAACUCGUGGACUGCCUUGUCCGCCAGUCUCAAUCUGAGUCUCCCGUCCGGUGGAAGUACGAGUGUGGUCUGGGGGCUGAUCACUGCUGGUAUCUGCAACUUGUGCAUGGCCGCUUCGCUGGCGGAGUUCCUGUCGGCCUAUCCCACUGCGGGUGGACAGUACCAUUGGGUUGCUGUCUCCUGGGAGAAGUGGGUGCCCAUUCUCUCCUGGAUUACCGGCUGGAUCAAUGUCGCUGGAUGGGUCGCUCUCGUUGCCACUGGUGGUCUUCUUGGAAGCCAGCUGAUCCUCGGGGUCAUCUCCCUGAUGCACCCGACCUAUGAGGCCCAGCGAUGGCACCAGUUCCUGAUCUACAUCGCCUACAAUGUUGUGGCGUUUGUCAUCAAUGCGUUCAUGAACUCUGCCUUGCCAUGGGUUACACGAGCUGCAUUCAUCUGGUCGAUUACUGGCUUUGCGAUCAUCUCUAUCACGGUGUUGGCGUGCUCGUCACCGCACUUCAAUUCUGGCGACUUUGUCUUUCGCGAAUUUAUCAACCAAACCGGCUGGCCGGAUGGGAUUGCGUGGCUGCUUGGAUUGCUCCAAGGCGGACUUGGUGUUACUGGCUUUGAUGCCGUCGCCCACAUGAUCGAAGAAAUCCCCAACGCUUCGAUCGAGGGCCCCAAAAUCAUGGUUACCUGUGUGGGCAUCGGCACCUUUACUGGCGCCGUUUUCCUGAUCGUCCUGCUCUUCGUCCCAGGAGAUAUUGACGACAUCAUCAACUCGUCUGCUGGGCCUCUGCUCCAGAUUCUGGAUAACGCGACCAAAAAUCACGCGGGCGCCAUUUGCCUUCUCAUAGACGGUGGCCUACCCGCCUCUCGGUUCUUUGCCAAGGUGCACAAAAAGCUUGGUCUGCCUCUCAACGCUCUCUGCCUGAGCACCAUACUCGUGAUUAUUUUCGGCUGCAUUUUCUUGGGGUCGUCAAGCGCAUUUAACGCCAUUAUCUCCUCGUCCGUGGUCGCGCUUGACCUGUCAUACGGAAUGCCAAUCGUGGUCAACUGCCUACGAGGACGGAAGAUGCUUCCGGAGCGGCCGUGGAGCCUGCCGUCUGGGCUUGCCUGGACGGCAAAUAUCAUCUCCUUGGUGUAUAUUAUCCUCACGACCGUGCUCUUCCUCUUCCCUCCCGAACUACCCGUUACGGGGAGCAACAUGAACUACUGCGUGGCUGCAUUCGGGAUCGUGCUGGUGAUAUCCGUCUUCCAGUGGAUUGUCGACGGGCGCAAGAACUUUACGGGCCCCAGGGUCAACCUGGACGGGCUUGCGCAGGGCGUGCCUGUGGGAGAAGCACCGCUGGAGUUUUCAUCGGAGGAGAAAGUGGCGAAAUGA